AUGGCUACGGAAGAGCCCCAUGCGGUUCCCACCGCGGGGCCUCAAGACGGCGUUCCGGAUCUUCAAAGCAGCGACUCGGCAAGUACUGCAGAAGCAGUUGCUGCAGCAGCAGCUGCUGCAGCUGCUGCUGCUCAGCUAGCGGUAGGGACGAGCUCAACUGACGGGGGAUAUCAAGCUCAUUCGUUUACGACUCUUUUUUUGAUAGACUUCUCCUUCCUGAGGGCGGGCAACAUCACGGAGGUUGUUGAAAUCGCGUGGGUGGUGUUUGAUGUGGCGACCCGACAGUCCCUUGAGGAAGUUUCUCUUCUCGUCCGGCCCGAGCAGCUCUUGGCGCCGGCUGAGGUUCUCACGAAGCUUGGGGUCACGCAGGAGCAGCUCUUUGCCGCAUCGACUCUGAGUGAAGUCAUCCAGAAGCUCGACACGGCAGUCUUCCAGCGAAGCCAAGACGGCGUGAAUCCCGCAAUGCUCUGUGUCUAUGAGCCGGAGAAUUUGAAGGAUUUCCGCGCAUGUGCAGCUGCUCGCCAAGUGACUCUUUAUCCCCACUUCGCGCAGGCUGUGAUCUUGAAACGCGUAAUCCAGCAAUAUCUGACAGUUAAGGGGGAUGAUCUGAAGAGCUUAAGCACGGCUGCGGGAGCUCUGCACUUGGCAGCACCAGAAGGGCGGGAGGAUGGCCUGGCUGCGUGCCGGUGUAUCUGCAGCAUUUUGUUUUUGCUGCUCUCGAAGGGUCUCGUGCUGCUCAAGGAACAUUCCGUCAACGUGGAAGACCCAUCUGCCUUAGAGGCCCUCAAGCCGCUCGUGGCGCCGGCAGCAAAUGGAUUUUCUGGCGUUGGAACACAUAUUCGCCUGAGAGGACUUCCUUGGGACGUGACUGAAGAUGCCAUCGUCCGGUUCUUGAAGCCAGUUGUUGACGUUACAGAGUUGGAUGUUUGUGUCUGCGUUGGCCUUAACAAACGUGUGACAGGCGAGGCCUAUGUGAACGUUCACUCGACAGACAUGCGGGACGUGGCAGUUCGGACACUUCAUGGUCGCAUGAUGGGUCCACGGUGGAUAGAGGUGUUCCGGUCUAGCGCGGAAGACUUUGAAAGGGCCAUGCAACGAAGGGUAGCUGUGAUGAGCUCGGGCACGAGGGACGGCCGGGACGCUGAUGUUAAGGGCCUGAACUUAACCGUGCUGAAAUUACGGGGACUGCCGUGGACUUGCACUGACAACGACGUCGUCAACUUCUUUCAAGAGCAUGGGUUCGAGAUUGGGUUUGACUCGGUUGUCUUGGGGGUUGCGGUGGACGGAAGGAUGAACGGGAUCGCGUACGUCGAGCUUCCCGACGCUGCGACUGCAGACGCAGCGAAGGAGAAAUUACACAGGAAAUACCUUGGUCGGAGGUUUGUUGAGGUGUAUCCGUCUACUCGAGAGGAAAUGCAUAGAGCGAAACGGCCAGGCAGAAUGGUGCCAUCUGAGAUGGGUGUGGGAGCUAUGCGCAUUCAACGCCCAGCCCGCAUGAUGGGCGGAACUGCCCAAGGACCCUACAGCGGUGGGUACGGAGCAGGACCCCAGCCAUAUGGAGCCAUGGGGGGAGGUAUGGCUUCCACCCAAGCUUACGGAGGCAUGGAUGGUAUGGGCGGUCCACAAGGAAGCUACGCAAGCUACGGCGCCCCCAGCCAUGAUGUAUACGGAGGGUAUGGGGGCGCAGUUCAGCAAGCCGCCUAUAGCCAAGCAUCUCCACAAGUUGCGCAGCCGGCGCCUGCACAGGAUGUAGGCCCCGUCCCUGCUGGAUGGGGUUACACUGUCUUGAGACUCCGGGGAAUGCCCUUCAAUGCUAAUGAACAACAUAUUGUGCAAUUUUUCCAAGGCUUCCAUAUGACGGCAAUUCUCCCGUCUACGAUCCCGAUAGAUGGCCGGCCUUCUGGAGAGGCUUAUGUCCAGUUUUCUGACGUUAAUGAGACCUGGAGAGCCUUACAAACGAGGAAUGGCGCUCGAAUGGACAGGAGAUACAUUGAGCUCUUCCCUGCAAGCAAACAAGAAAUGACAUUUGCAGCACAAGGAGGAGACCCGCGAGCGUUUCGGGAGCGGGACAGAACCUUUUGA